AGAGGGAGUUUUGAUUUCAAGAAGGAACUCUACAGCAGUAUCUCUAGAUCUCUAUUCUCAGAGUAGCCUAAAGGUCUGCAUCUGAAUAGUGAGUUGGUAGCAGGAUGUUUUUGCUCCGACUUUGUUUACAUCUCUGACAUUUUAAUUUUUAUUGUUUUCAACGAAUGCUUGGGAUGCUUGGUUGACAUUUUCUUCAACUUUUUACCAAGGAAGAUUGGUCAACCACUGCGAGGACAGCAGGUGUAAUUUUAACACUUUGUUCACACGUUGUAUAUUUCGUUUAUGGUAAAUAUGUAUAACAUUAUGGAGCACCAACUCAAGACCUCUGUUCCCUCGCAUCAUCUUGGAACAGGGAUGCCACCUGCGAAUGGAGGAGGGGGGCACGGGGGCAGCCACACAGGUUCCAAACCACCGGCAAUCCAACCUGACCCAAUGGACAAAGUUAAGCGGCCCAUGAAUGCCUUCAUGGUAUGGUCUCGCGGUGAACGACGGAAAAUGGCUCAGGAGAAUCCCAAAAUGCACAAUUCUGAGAUAUCCAAACGGCUGGGUGUCGCGUGGAAAUCUCUGACAGACGCCGAGAAAAGGCCCUUCAUUGACGAGGCCAAGCGCCUCCGCGCGGUGCACAUGAAGGAUUAUCCAGACUAUAAAUACAAACCCCGUCGUAAAACCAAACUGAUGCCGAAGAACAAUACUCUAGCCGCGCAGUAUCAGAUGUCGGCCGGUAACCACCUGCUGAGUGCAUCUGCAGCUCAGGGACAAGGUGGAAACCCCAGAAUCGACAGUUAUGGCUGGGGCCACACCGGGGGCUACACCGCGACGAUGCAGAGUGAGGCCCUCGGCUACAGCCAGCAGCUUCACCGCUACGACCUGUCAGCACUUCAGUAUCAGUCCAGCGUGGCCCAGGCGCAGGCCUACAUGAAUGGUGCCAACGCAUACAGCCCCAUGUCCUACAGCAGCAGCCCCCAGCAGGUCAGCCCAGUGAUGUCUAUGGUGAAGCAGCAGUCUGAUGGCCACAGCAUGUCCCCCUCCCCUACGGGGACCCACAACCACCACCAGGCCCAGCGUGGUAUCCAGGUCCAGGGGGACCAUCUCAGGGACAUGAUCAGCAUGUACAUGCCCGGGGGAGAUGCCUCAGAUGCCCAGAGAGGGUACUCUGUCUCUGCAGCUAACAUCCAGCAGCAUUACCUGGGAGGGUCAGCUCCACUCACCCACCUUUGAAUUCUCUCUUACCCACAACCUGAUCUCAAUUGAUCUGUUGGGAUUGACUGGUGGCAGACCAAUGUGGUCAGUAAAUGUGUAGGGACUGAAGAAAGAAACACUUAAUUUUAAUACAAAGAUGCGAUCAGUCACUGACAUAGACACUAUUUUGUGACAAGAUGAUGACAUCAUUGGUCAUUGAUUGGUUGAAUGGUUUCAGUGUACAUUUUAGUUGGAAUGCCUCAAUGGUUAUGAGUAAUUUCAAACCCCAGAUAUUGUCCCAUCCUGGCCUUUCUCUACCCCCCACCC